GGCGCAAGAUUUUCCGGCCAUGACCGCGGGAACAAUGUCUAUAAAACAAACUUGGUAACUAAUGGCAGCUUCCCACCAUCAACUCAUUUCCUCGCCAUGGCUUCCGUUGCAAAGCACAUUGUUUUGUUAUUCUUUAUCGUGCUUUCUUCCUCCGUCCGGAUUCAAGCCAGGGAGGGUAAGUUCUAUAGCAAGAUCAUCAACCUCGGGGCCAAAAUUUCUGCUCUAGUGGAACCUACACCAUCACCGGCAGUAGCACCAGUACUAGCACCCGCAACGGCACCCGCUAACAUCGGUAGCCAAGAUCCUUAUUACGGCCUUUAUGGUCACGGCAACACUCCCACAACUACUUCCACUUUCGAAAACGAUCUCUUCGCCGAGGAGUUCGCAGAUGAAAAAUACGACUCCGGCUACGAGAAAAGCAGCUACAACAACAACGGCUACACCAACAGCAACUACAACGACAAUGGAUAUAAACUCAGCAAGUAUAACAAUAAUGGUUACGAAACCGAGAGACAAGGAAUGAGUGACACCAGAUUUGUGGAAGGUGGUAAGUAUUAUCAUGAUGUGAAGAACGAUAAUUACUACCCUACUGGAUAUGAGUAUUCAUCGAGCUAUGAAGCUAGUAAAAAUGGAGGUUACUAUGGAAUACAGAGAACUCAAACGAGUUCAACUCGAUGGAAGAGUUUGAGAACCAGGAGAGGCAAGAAGAGUCUGUGCCCUAGACAGGGCCGUGGCUAGGUAUAAAGGGCUAUGUGCAAAUUCUUAUAAAGGGUCCUA